AUGCAGCUACGAAACGAUCUCUCCACUUGGGCUGCCAUUUUGGGGGCCCUUGUGCUUACAGCAGGAAGCCAAACGUCGGCUUCACCCAUCCAUGGCAUUGUCGAUCGCGAGUCGCGCAACAAUGGUAAGCAGCCGUCAUUCUAUGGUGCGGCUUCACAGGGCAACUCGGCUGAGUACAGUGUCGAGGGGAAACAUGGCGCUGUUUCAUCAGAGGUGGAUGUUUGCUCCAACAUUGGUGCGCAGCUCCUGCAACAGGGAGGCUCUGCGGUGGAUUCGAUUAUUGGCACCGCGCUCUGUGUUGGCUCGAUCGCCUCGUACCACAGUGGACUGGGUGGGGGAGGUCAUGCAGUUCUGCGCUCUCCCAUCACAAAUGAUGACCGCACCAAUCGCAAGCGAAGCAACCCCAAUGAUGCUCGCAGCAAGACAUCGACUUAUGUCCAUAUAGACUUCCGCGAGGUGUUCCCUGCCGCUGCCACCGAGGAUAUGUACACCAACAAUCCGGUCAAGAAUGCAUCGCUGUAUGGAGGUUUGGCGGUGGGUGUGCCCGGCGAGCCAAAGGCCUGGUGGGAUCUUCAUCAAAAGUAUGGCAAACUCGAAUGGUCAAAGGUGUUUGAGCCGGCUAUCACGCUGAAUCGACGAGGCUUCAAGGUCACCGCCGAGCUUGCCAAGGCAUUGAACACAACUCAGUAUCCCUUCCUUUGCAAGGAUAAGCGCUGGAGCAGAUUCUACUGUGUGAAUGGCAAGGUGGCUCAGCUGGGCGAUACCAUCAAGAAAGAGCGAUUUGCAAAGACGCUGGAAUUGAUUGCCAGCAAGGGUGUCGAUCCGUACUACUACGGCGAGAUCGCUGAUGACAUUGUCGACACCAUUGCUAACAACAAGGUUCUCAAAGGCAUCCUGACCAAGCACGACCUCGCCAACUAUAAAGUCGAAUACCGAAACCCUCGAAACGUUACGUUACGGGAUGGCAAGUAUCGACUGUUUGGCACAGUGGCGCCUUCCUCUGGAAGCGUUGUUCUUUCGACAUUGCAGACGGUUGAUCAAUUCCGUGUUGAUGGAGAGGAGGAUCUGAGCAACGUCAACGUCUCGACGCACCGACUCAUCGAGGCCAACAAGUUCUCUUAUGGCCAGCGCACCAACUAUGGAGAUCCUGGCUUUGUCAAGAACGUUUCUCGUCUAGAGGGCGAGUACCUAGAGCUGCCAUUCAGCAAAGAGAACAAGAACCAAAUUAGCGAUACUCGAACCUUUAGCGCAUCUCACUACAUUCCGGACCAUAAGAAUGCCGAAGUCAAGUCGGACCACGGCACGUCGGCCAUCACGGUGGUGGAUGCGGACGGGAUGGCCAUCUCGUUGACGACGACGAUCAACACGUUCUGGGGAAGUCAGCUGAUGACGGAGCACGGAUUUCCUCUGAACAACGAACUGGACGAUGCCUCGAGCCCUGGCCAGACGAAUUUCUUCGGAUACCUUGCGACUCCAGCUAACUACAUUGAGCCUGGCAAGCGACCUUUGUCGUCGAUCUCGGCAGUGAUUGCGGAAGAGGUUCGCACUGGUGAGCUCAAACUCAGCCUGAGUUCGGCUGGAGGCUCAAGGAUCAUCACUGCUGUCACACAAGUGGCGUACAAUGUGCUCUUCAAAGGACAAGAUGCGCAGGCAGCGUUGGCUGAGCCGAGGUGGCACGACCAGCUGAGCCCUAACCAGACUACGCUCGAGAGUGCGGCGGCAGCCAUCCGAGGUUUUGUGGGCUUCAACAACCAGACAGCCGCCUUCCUGGCGAGUGUGGGUCACAAUGUCAGCUGGACGCCUAUUGGCAGCUCCACCGCGCAGGCGGUUGAGAGGUUCCCAGACGGCGUGCUGUUGGCGGCUACCGAGGUGCGACAGCUGGCUGCCAAAGGCGCCGCCUUUUGA